UCUGCUAUGGUGGUCCUCUGUGAAUUUGAGUUUGAGACCAAGCCAGGACUGCAUAGUGAGAACCGAGAGAGAGAGAAGAGAGGGGGGGGGAGCAAGUGCCUUCAGGCUGGUUACUGUGUCCCUGUGACAUAUCCUGUGGUCUUUGAGCUGGUCCAAGCUGGUUUAUUCCUUCCCUACCCCAGCCCUCGGACAGCCAUUUGUUCAUGGAGCGCCCUAGAUUCUUUCUGUAAAGAAUGGUAGCUCUCCAUCCCCGCACCUCCCUUGGUGACCCAGUGAGCGUCAAAGUUACCAUGUUCAGCUGGCUAAAGCGAGGCGGGGCUCGGGGCCAGCAACCCGAAGCCAUCCGCACAGUGACCUCGUCCCUCAAGGAGCUGUACCGCAACAAACUUCUGCCGCUGGAGGAACACUAUCGCUUCGGGGCCUUCCAUUCACCUGCCCUAGAGGAUGCCGACUUCGACGGCAAGCCCAUGGUGUUAGUAGCUGGCCAGUACAGCACUGGCAAAACCAGCUUCAUCCAGUACCUGCUGGAGCAGGAGGUUCCCGGCUCCCGUGUGGGGCCCGAGCCCACCACCGACUGCUUUGUGGCUGUCAUGCAUGGCGAAACAGAGGGCACCGUGCCGGGCAACGCUCUGGUUGUGGACCCCGAGAAGCCCUUCCGGAAACUCAACCCCUUUGGGAACACGUUCCUCAACCGGUUCAUGUGUGCCCAGCUCCCCAACCAGGUCCUGGAGAGCAUCAGUAUCAUUGACACACCUGGCAUCCUGUCAGGAGCCAAGCAGAGAGUGAGCCGUGGCUACGACUUCCCUGCUGUGCUACGCUGGUUUGCCGAGCGAGUGGACCUCAUCAUCUUGCUCUUUGACGCCCACAAGCUGGAGAUUUCCGACGAGUUCUCAGAGGCCAUCGGCGCCCUGCGGGGCCACGAAGACAAGAUCCGCGUGGUGCUCAACAAGGCAGACAUGGUGGAGACGCAGCAGCUGAUGCGCGUCUAUGGGGCGCUCAUGUGGGCGCUGGGCAAAGUAGUGGGCACGCCUGAGGUCCUGCGCGUCUACAUCGGCUCCUUCUGGUCCCAGCCGCUCCUGGUGCCUGACAACCGGCGCCUCUUCGAGCUGGAGGAACAGGACCUCUUCCGAGAUAUCCAGGGCCUGCCCCGCCAUGCAGCGCUGCGCAAACUCAACGAUUUGGUGAAGAGGGCACGGCUGGUGCGGGUGCACGCAUACAUCAUCAGUUACCUGAAGAAGGAGAUGCCCUCGGUGUUUGGGAAGGAGAACAAGAAGAAGCAACUGAUUCUCAAGUUGCCCGUCAUCUUUGCGAAGAUCCAGCUGGAGCAUCACAUUUCCCCUGGGGACUUCCCCGACUGCCAGAAGAUGCAGGAGCUGCUGAUGGCUCACGACUUCACCAAAUUCCACUCACUGAAGCCGAAGCUGCUGGAGGCUCUGGAUGAGAUGCUGACACACGACAUCGCUAAGCUGAUGCCCCUGCUACGGCAGGAAGAGCUGGAGAGCAUAGAGGUUGGCGUGCAGGGCGGCGCCUUUGAAGGCACCCACAUGGGUCCCUUUGUGGAACGUGGCCCAGAUGAGGCAAUGGAGGAUGGAGAGGAGGGCUCAGAAGACGAUGCGGAGUGGGUGGUGACCAAGGACAAGUCCAAAUACGAUGAGAUCUUCUACAACCUGGCUCCUGCCGACGGCAAGCUGAGUGGCUCCAAGGCCAAGACCUGGAUGGUGGGCACCAAGCUCCCCAACUCGGUGCUGGGGAGGAUCUGGAAGCUGAGCGACGUCGACCGCGAUGGUAUGCUGGAUGAUGAGGAAUUCGCCCUGGCCAGCCACCUCAUUGAGGCUAAGCUGGAGGGCCACGGGCUGCCCACCAACCUGCCCCGCCGCUUGGUGCCACCCUCCAAGCGGCGCCACAAGGGCUCGGCCGAGUGAGCCAGACAUACCCGCUGGCCCGCCAUUUCACUUUGCCUAGCUAUGGCUCCCCAGCUCCAGUCGGCUGCACGCAGAUCCCUGCUCUGACCCCCACACACCCUGCCUGCCCACCCUGCCCAGCUGCAAGGACUUGGGGGGCCCUCCCCACACCAUACACCCUAGUCAAAGCACUUAGGGAGAACCAGGGGGCCAGGACAAGAUUUCUGUCCAUCUUUCAUACCUCCACCCUCACACACAUUUGUGCUUGUCAGGCACAUACCCACACCCACACCCACACCCUAACAUCAACUAUUCACAUACAUAUUUUUUGCUUUGUUUUUUGUUUUUUAAGACAGUGUCUCAAGUAGUCCAGGCUGCCCUUGAACCCUCUAUGUAGUGGAGGAUGAUCUUGAACUUUUGAUCCUCCUGCCUCCACCUCCUGAGUGCUGAGAUGACAGGCCUGUGCCACCAAGCCUGGUUUAUGCAAUGCUGGGGAUGGAACUCAGGGCUUCACCCAGGCUAGGCAAGAACUCGACCAACUCAGCUAUAGUCACAGCCCCAUCAAGUAUUUAUUGAGCACUUACUGUAUGCCAGGCCCUGGUGGAGCUGUGUGAUCAGGAAUGAGGUGUCUACAUAGAAAAAAACUGAUUUCUGCAAGACCCUUUUUCCCUUUUUACAAGUGGCGGCCUUUUACCCACCUGAACAAGGGCUCCCUACCCCAUCAUGUCCUCAGGUCUUGGGACCAUUGGGGGUUGGGAGGAGACACAGGACUUCCUACUUCCUCAGAUGGACCCCUCUUCUGCCCCUUCCCUCCACUUCCUUUGCUACAGCCCUGUGAAUUCUGAUCACACCCAUUUUCACAAAAACCCUGCAGCAGGCAAAACUUCUAGCUCCAUCUGGCCUCAUUUUGGGAUAGUUUCUAUCCUCUGCCCAGUGCUCCUGGUCCCCUCAGCAUGCUCUUCGGUUUUGAGACUGCAGCAUCCAGCCCUUCUGCCCACCUUCAGGUCAUAUUUAAAUGGAGCCCCUAUCAGAGGUAGAAGUCCCCUUCCCCCAGACAUCCUGAGAGUAGGGGGUUCUUGGUGCUAGUGCCCUCCCCCUUCCUUAAGGGGACCACCCCAUAUCUUCUUGUGCCUUCAUCAUGUAGUGCUUGACCCCGGUGGGGGACACCUUAGAAAACAUGGGGAGUGGAAGGGAAACAGCUGGAGACCAUGCCUGCUCCAGGCUGCCCACCGGGAUUUCCAUGCCCAGGACCCACCCCACCCGUGCCUGGAACGGGGCUGGGGCCCCAAGAGUGUCCCUACAGAGCCAAUAAAGCCAGGGCUGCUGCUUGUGUCGCUGUCA